AUGGUGUCCAAGCUCACGUCGCUGCAACAAGAACUCCUGAGCGCCCUGCUGAGCUCUGGGGUCACCAAGGAGGUGCUGGUCCAGGCCUUGGAGGAGUUACUGCCAUCCCCGAAUUUCGGGGUGAAGCUGGAGACGCUGCCGCUGUCCCCCGGGAGCGGGGCCGAACGAGACACCAAGCCGGUCUUCCAUACUCUCACCAACGGCCACGCCAAGGGCCGCCUGUCCGGGGACGAGGACUCGGAGGAAGGGGACGACUAUGACACCCCUCCCAUCCUUAAGGAGCUGCAGGCGCUCAACACCGAGGAGGCGGCGGAGCAGCGCGCGGAGGUGGACCGGAUGCUCAGUGAGGACCCGUGGAGAGCUGCCAAAAUGAUCAAGGGCUACAUGCAGCAACACAACAUCCCCCAGAGGGAGGUGGUUGAUGUCACGGGUCUGAACCAGUCCCACCUCUCCCAGCAUCUCAACAAGGGCACCCCCAUGAAGACGCAGAAGCGUGCUGCCCUGUACACCUGGUACGUCCGCAAGCAGCGAGAGAUCCUCAGACAAUUCAACCAGACAGUCCAGAGUUCUGGGAAUAUGACAGACAAAAGCAGUCAGGAUCAGCUGCUGUUUCUCUUUCCAGAGUUCAGUCAACAGAGCCAGGGGCCUGGGCAGUCCGAGGAUGCCUGCUCUGAGCCCACCAACAAGAAGAUGCGUCGUAACCGCUUCAAAUGGGGGCCCGCAUCCCAGCAAAUCUUGUACCAGGCCUACGACCGGCAAAAGAAUCCCAGCAAGGAAGAGAGGGAGGCGUUAGUGGAGGAGUGCAACAGGGCUGAAUGUCUGCAGCGAGGCGUCUCUCCAUCUAAAGCCCACGGCCUGGGCUCCAACCUGGUCACCGAAGUCCGCGUCUACAACUGGUUUGCAAACCGCAGGAAGGAGGAGGCCUUCCGACAGAAGCUGGCCAUGGAUGCCUAUAGCUCCAACCAGACACACAGCCUGAACCCCCUACUUUCCCACGGCUCCCCCCACCACCAGCCCAGUGCCUCUCCUCCAAACAAGCUGUCAGGAGUGCGGUAUAGCCAGCAAGGAAACAAUGAAGUCACUUCCUCCUCCACCAUCAGUCACCAUGGUAACAGCGCCAUGGUGACCAGCCAGUCCGUUUUACAGCAAGUCUCUCCAGCCAGCCUGGACCCUGGCCACAAUCUCCUCUCACCUGAUGGUAAAAUGAUCUCAGUCUCAGGAGGAGGUUUGCCACCUGUCAGCACCUUGACGAAUAUCCACAGCCUGUCCCACCAUAAUCCCCAACAAUCUCAAAACCUCAUCAUGACCCCCCUCUCUGGAGUCAUGGCCAUUGCACAAAGUCUCAACACGUCACAGGCGCAGAGCGUCCCUGUCAUCAACAGCGUGGCCGGCAGCCUGGCAGCCCUGCAGCCCGUGCAGUUCUCUCAGCAGCUGCACAGCCCGCACCAGCAGCCCCUCAUGCAGCAGAGCCCCGGCAGCCACAUGGCCCAGCCGCCCUUCAUGGCCACGGUGACGCAGCUGCAGAACUCCCACAUGUCCUCUCCAAGCCUGGUGAUAUCCACAUACCACUGA